CACCACCACCACUGCCAGUCUGCGGUACCUGACCACCAUGGCGCGACCCUCUCCGAAACUCAAGAGCGUAACGCAACUGUUGUUCGCCCGCCCGGCCAGCAGAGGUUACGCCUCACAUCCGCCCAAUGCGAGACUGAAUACGCCCACGGACUACGGAACCACGCCAUUGCUGCAUCACUCCUCCAAGUCUGCCCUGUCUAAUGUCGAGCUCCCAGCCGAAGCAAGAAAUGGCACCACCAGCAGGAUAAAUCUAUUUCAAGCCAUCAACUCCGCUCUCGCCCACGCCUUACGUUCGGAUCCUCGAGUGUUGCUGUUUGGCGAAGACGUUGCCUUCGGAGGCGUGUUCCGCUGUUCCAUGAAUUUGGCCUCCGAGUUUGGAGAUGAUCGUGUGUUUAACACGCCUCUGAGCGAGCAAGGCAUCGUUGGCUUUGCUGUGGGUGCAGCCGUGGAAGGCAUGAAGCCCAUCGCCGAAAUCCAAUUUGCAGACUAUGUCUAUCCCGCGUUCGAUCAGAUAGUCAAUGAGGCUGCCAAAAUUCGGUAUCGAGCUGGCACAAAUGCAGACGCACAGUCUUGUGGCGGCCUCGUCAUUCGUAUGCCUGCGGGAGGUGUUGGACAUGGCGCCUUAUACCAUUCUCAGUCACCUGAAUCACUCUUUACCCACGUUCCCGGAGUGCGAGUCGUUAUUCCCAGGUCGCCAUCCCAAGCCAAGGGGUUGCUGCUUGCUGCAAUAGCAAGUCCUGAUCCUGUCGUUUUUCUGGAGCCAAAGAUACUGUACCGAGCCGCAGUCGAACAUGUGCCGGCGGAGCCUUAUAUGUUGCCAUUGAGCAAGGCUGAAGUGCUCAAGGAGGGUAAAGAUGUGACCAUUAUCUCGUACGGUACGCCACUGUACACGUGUCAAACGGCCAUCACUGCUGCGGAGAAAGAUUUCAACUGCUCCGUUGAACUGAUCGAUUUGAGAACCAUAUAUCCUUGGGAUCGGCAAGGAGUCGUAACUUCGGUCAACAAGACCGGGCGUUGCAUAGUUGUGCACGAAAGUAUGGUGAACGCUGGAGUGGGAGCGGAGGUGGCAGCAACGGUGCAGGAAAAGUGCUUUCUGCGGCUCGAGGCCCCCGUGCAACGCGUCGCAGGCUGGUCGACCCACGCAGGUCUCGCGUAUGAGAGGUUCAACAUACCGGAUGUCACACGAGUCUACGAUGCCAUCAGAAAGGCUUUGGAAUGGUAGAAUUGGGCGUGGCUUCGGCAUGGACCACGGCUGGUCGAAGAGCGGAAAUGAGCUGCCACUAUCUGAUGCGUUGCGACUCAGUUCCUGAUGUGGCAUGAGGAAUGGACAGUCUGAUGGCGUAUGCUCGCCCUGGAGGAUGAUAAGACCAUUGCUUUAUCAAGAAAACACUGCUCACCCAUUGCGAGCAAGACGAUUCAGCGGACAAGUCACAACAGAUGGCCGCACUUUCUAGCGAUGGCGUUGCUGCUCUUUCUAUAAGACGACGAGCGAUGUUAGACUCAUGCUGCCUUCAACAUUUGUGACCGGUGCACGUGCAUUGAUCCAUCGCCUAGUUGUUCUACACGAGCACGAGAUGCGACCAUAAUCUAGGGGCCAGACACACCCGUGGAAAGAAGUAUAUCUGAUGCGCCAACAUUUCUCUAAUUGGCAUACAUCAGAAAGUGCGCUGUAGACACUCUUGUCGGGCUCGAGAACGUAGACGAUGCUGUUGCAGUGGGAGUAUUCACGACUAAAAGGCAUACUGCACAACUGCAACAGCGGAGCGCCGCACAGUCUUACGCGAAGAGCCCAAAGUUGCACUCAUGCACAACGACAAAAAAAGCUCCGUUGCUGGAGAUCUUCUUCGCGGACUGAUUUCUGGACUUGGGUGCGGCGGGUAUGAGAGUGCUUCACAGCAGAGCAGUUGCGCGAGGUGAGGGGGUGCUUUCAGAUGGAAUGCCAAUACUGCUUUUGUUCUGUUUGUUC